CUUGAACGCCUCAGCUUUUUUUUUCUUGACAUCAUUUUGUCUACUUUUUUUUUCUUGAUUAGUGUGGACUUUUGUGAAGCUCUGUCAAGAUGGUCAAUAUUGGCAAGAAUUCGAAGCGGACGCCCGUCCGGUUAAGGCACAAGAUUGAGAAGGCCUCUGCGGCGAAACAAAGGAAGAACAGAAAGCUUGCGAAGAAGGACCCGACAUGGCGAUCCAAGGUCAAGAAGGACCCUGGUAUUCCCAACCUCUUCCCCUUCAAAGACAAGCUCCUGCAAGAAAUUGAAGAAAAGAAACGAUUGAAGGCGGAAGAACAGCAGUGGAUUCGCGAGGAAGCCCGCGCCCGCCGAAAGGGACAGGCGCAGCAGUCGGAGAUGGGAGCUGAUGGUCAGGCUAAGAAUGAUAUGGUCGAUGAUGAGGAUUUGCUGGAUGAGGAUGAUAUGGAUGAGGAUGGAGGGGACUCGUCGAACCCCAUGGCUGCAUUGCUUGCUUCGGCUCGCGCAAGAGCGGCCGAGUACGAGGGUCAGCAUGAGAGCGAGGAUGACGAUGAGAUGGAUGAGGAUGAUGACGAUGAGAUGGAUGAUGAUGAGGAUGAGAGCGGUGCUACGUUGGACACUGAGAUUCCGGAGCUGGUUUCGAAGGCUGGGGGUAAGGAGACGUCGAGACGGGCGUUCGACAAGGUGUUCAAGCAGGUUGUCGAUGCCGCUGAUGUGGUUCUCUACGUGCUGGAUGCUCGCGACCCGGAAGGUACCCGGUCCAAGGAGGUUGAGCGCGAGAUCAUGGCCGCCGACAAGGGCUCGAAAAGACUGAUUCUCAUCCUGAACAAAAUCGAUCUGGUUCCCCCGCCGGUGCUGAAGGGCUGGUUGGUCCACCUGCGACGAUACUUCCCCACACUGCCUCUGAAGGCAUCCAACGGCACUGCGAAUGCGCACAGCUUCGACCACAAGCAAUUGAGCGUCAAGGGAACCUCGGAGACACUGUUCCGCGCUCUCAAGUCGUACGCGCACACCAAGAACAUGAAGCGGUCCAUCUCGGUCGGUAUCAUCGGAUACCCCAACGUCGGCAAGUCGUCCGUCAUCAACGCCCUCACAGCCCGUCUUAACAAGGGAUCGAGCAAUGCCUGCCCGACUGGCGCCGAGGCCGGCGUCACCACCAACCUGCGCGAGGUCAAGCUCGACAGCAAGCUCAAGCUGAUCGACUCGCCCGGUAUCGUCUUCCCCAGCACCGGAGAGAAGAGCACCAAGAAGUCCCUCAAGAAGAAGCAAGACGAGCACGCCCGCUUGAUUCUCCUCAACGCCAUUCCCCCCAAGCAGAUCGAGGACCCCAUCCCCGCCGUCAACCUCUUGAUCAGACGCUUGUCCACCUCGGAGAGUCUCAUCCAGAAGAUGCUCGACGUGUACGGCGUUCCAUCCACAUUUUCCACCGGCGGCGACCAAACCACCGACUUCCUUGUCCAGGUUGCCCGCAAGCGCGGCCGUCUCGGCAAGCACGGCAUCCCCAACCUCGAGAGUGCUGCCAUGACCGUCAUCAACGACUGGAGAGAUGGCAGAAUCCAGGGCUGGGUGAACGCACCAGUGCUGUCGGUAGUGACCACCGCCGAAGGAGCACCCGCCAACGCGGAAUCGGGUGUCGACACCAAGCAGGUCGUCAGCGAGUGGGCACAGGAAUUCAAGAUCGAGGGAUUGUGGGGUAAUGGCGAAGGUGACGAUGAAGAGAUGGCUGAAUAGAUUAUAUCUUCGGUUUAUGAUGGUUUUUCUUUCUUUUGUUUGCCGUAUUCAUGGAUACCAAAAAAGGCGUUGUCAAUGGAACUAUCUAGUUGUCAAUACUGAAUACAUUGUUUCUGGUCUAUUCUAUAUGUAACAUGUUUACCUAUAUCAAAUGGUAAGGUACUCAUCUUGAUGCUGUAAAUAUAUCCAAAUAAUUAUUGUUAUAGUCAUGCUUCAUUGAUGCUAUGCCAACAUGUAUUGCUACUGCUGCUACACCAUAUAUAUAACCUCAAAACUAUAUAAUCGA